AUCGACCCGCCUCAUUUCCAGUGCGCAAAAUCUGAGCACACAAACAAGGCGACCGGGAUAUCUUUGUUAGUGGUAAAUUAUGAUCGCAGGAGUCAGUCGACAAUGGAUCGGAUGUAAUAGAAGCCGUUUUUUGGAGCGGGUUUCUAUUGCGGAUGCGCAUUGGUGCCAAAGAGGAAUUGGUGCAGUGUAAACAGAGUGCCGUAUCAACUACUUUGGUAAACAUGGGCUUCGCGCGCUCUGUUUGGGGUAAAAUGUCAUCAUGAUUUGUCGAAUGGAUCUCGUAGCACUUGCGCCCCACUAUGGCUGACAAGCAAGGGAGUGCAGAGGCGGAGGACGCAACGACCACCGCCUCCACCAGCGCGCCCCCUCGGCCGCCCGCCAGCAGCAGCAACAGCGAGCGACUCCUCGGCCCGAAGAGCAGCGUGUGCUCCCGCUCGUACUUCGUGGUGGUGAUGGUGUUCUUCCACGUCUACAUCGUCAACGUGAUCGCCCUGCUCCUGUACGUGCACUACAGCAGCGGACAGGAGGACGCCAGCAGGCCGGGUCGUGACGCUGCACGGAGCGGCGAGCAGCAUGCACAAUCCCCGCGUCCGCCAUCGACCGCACCGUCCCUGCGUGACAUUUCUCUCCCACGCAUGGAGGGCAUCCGAGUGGGACAUGUUCAGAAGGUGUCAUUAGUUCCUAAUAAAGUCCACGAAAUGACAACUUUGAGUCUGAAACCUCUGCUAUUUGAGAUCCCCGGGUUCUUGUCCGAGGACGAGUGUCGUGUGGUGAUGCAGCUGGCCCAGCUAAAAGGUCUGAUGGAGAGUCAGCUGAUGGUGCAGGAUGGCCAGGAGGAGCUGGCUAAGGAGCUCAACCUCAGCCCGGAGGAGAUCUUCAACCUUCUGGAUAUCAACCAGGAUGGGCAGCUGCAGCUGCAUGAGAUACUGACCCAUUCCCGCGUGAGGGACGGCAUCUGGCUCACACCGGAAAAUUUACAGGAGAUCUACGCCGGCCUCAAAGUGGACAAAGACGGGAAUGGUUUGCUGAGUUUAGAAGAAUUCCGGCUUCUGAGCGCCGACGCCUUCCAGCGCUUUCUACUGCAGCGAGGCGUGAAGAGGAGUCAGCUGGUGAGGAACAGUCGGCACACUUGGCUGUACCAGGGCAGAGGAGCACAUCAGGUCCUUCAAGAAAUCAAGAAAAGAGUGACUCGUCUAACGGGGCUGCCGUCCACAUUUGUGGACCUGAGCGAGCCGCUGCAGGUGGUCCGCUACGAAGAGGGCGGCCACUACCACGCCCAUCACGACAGCGGCCCCGUCUACCCCGAAACCGCCUGUACCCACACACGUCUCGCUGCAAACGCCUCCACCCCUUUCGAGACAUCCUGUAGGUACAUCACUGUUCUCUUCUACCUGAACUCUGUUGACGGGGGCGGGGAGACCGCAUUCCCGGUGGCAGACAACAGGACCUUUGAUGAAGUGUCACUCAUUCAGAACGGCAUCGAUCUCAUGGACACAAGGAGGAACUGCGACAAGAGUAACCUAAGGGUGAAACCUACCAAAGGAAAAGCUGUUUUCUGGUACAACUAUCUUUCUGAUGGAAGAGGAUGGGUCGGAGAACAGGAUGAGUACGCUCUGCACGGCGGCUGCAUGGUCACCCGUGGUACAAAGUGGGUGGCCAAUAAAUGGAUCAAUAUUGAUCCGGAUUACCAGCGUCAGGCUCGCUACCAGCAGUUGGUGUCCCAGCAGCCAGAGGACGAGGAUGACGACGGUCUGACGUCGCAUUCCGAUAUCCAUGAAGAAUUGUAGCGCGCACCCCCAACCCCACCACCCCCCGGCCUCUAUAUUCCUGUGCACAAACACGUUUGGUGGUCCCGAUUGAGGCAGCAGGUACAGUUUCUUCAGGGAAUGAGCUCACUGUGGGUUUAUAUGCAACUUCUGAGGCACUUUGCUCACAUUCUGUUGUGCGUUGAUCCAUUUAGCGUGUAUCGUUUUUUCUUAGGGAUGCUCCCAUCAUGCCGAUUCCCAUACCGAUCAUUCAUUCAUUCAUUCAUUUUCUACCGCUUUUCCUCACGAGGGUCGCGGGGGGUGCUGGAGCCUAUCCCAGCUGUCUUCGGGCGAAAGGUGGGGUACACCCUGGACUGGUCGCCAGCCAAUCACAGGGCACAUAUAGACAAACAACCAUUCACACUCACAUUCAUACCUAUGGACAAUUUGGAGUCGCUAAUUAACCUAGCAUGUUUUUGGAAUGUGGGAGGAAACCGGAGUACCCGGAAAAAACCCACGCAUGCACGGGGAGAACAUGCAAACUCCACACAGAGAUAGCCGAGGGUGGGAAUUGAACCCUGGUCUCCUAGGUCUGCGCGCUAACCGAUCAUCCAUGAAUGAAAUUGAUCCUGAGCACAUUCAAUGUAUUCAUGAUGAGUGCAAUUGAACCGGGGGUGCUGUAUAAAUGGUAAUAGUCAAGCCAAUUCCUAGGUCCCCUGACUGCCAGGGUUCCCUAAAAAAAAUAGGUACAGUGGUACCUCGGUUAACAUCCGCCCCGUUUAGCAUGUUUUUUCAGUUAACAUCCAAAAUUUUUGCUCACGUUUUGCCUUGGUUUAGAUUCACCUGCUUGUUUAGCAUCCAAAAUACCGUCUUGGUUUGCUUACACCGCCAAGACGAAAUCUCACAAUACUUGCAAUGCAUUGUGGGUUUCUGGCGCCGUUUUAGGACAAGAGUUUCUGUCAGAGUUGUAGAAGGAUACACCGCUUAACAAUCACAUGGAACGUUCCCAAAACAGGGUGCAAACCAUGCCUCCCUGGUGAGAUGUUCCGACCAUGAACCGCCGGUAGAAGGCCCCCGGGGAGACCUCGGAGGGAUUAUGUCUCACUCCUGGUGGAACUGGAGGAGGCGGUUGGGACUGCUUGACCCAGAUAAGCAGAGGAAAAUGGAUGGAUGGAUAGAGUCCAUUUUGAUUUGAGUCUGACCUUCUGUUAGCGAUAUGAUAUCACUUUCAUUGAUGCCUUCUUUGGAUCUGAGAGUGGACUGGUGGAGGUCUAGCAGGACAUGCAAGUACCACAUAGGUGGGCUUCAAGCGAGAGAGAACCCAGGGUCUUCCACCGCUGACAAAGGCUGCUCACCGAUCAAUUUUUGGGGUAAUAAGCUUAGCAUUCUAACUAUCACAAACAUACGGCAAGUGUCGUCCAGCGUCGGCAUAUGGCGAUCAUGUGAUUUUUUUUUUUUUUUGGCCGAUCGAUCGGAGCAUCCCUAUAGUUUUUCUCGUCCCGUUUAUGGAAUGUUGCACUAAAACCAAACGCAUCCAAAAUUCCCUUUGCAUGAAGUAGCGAUACGUUUUGCUGUUGCUCUAAAACUUGCACUUGACUUGAGAUUGCUCAUGAAAUCUUUUUAGUAGAACUUGUUCUUGCUGCCAUGACCAAAAAAAAAAAAAAAAAACCUCACACAAUUCGUGUGACGCAUGUUUGCCUUGUCUUUGUUCCUUGAAUCCUUUAUUUUUGAUUGUAAUACACAAAGUGUUGUUGAGAUAUUCUAUUUUCUUUUUCUAAUGUGCUGUAUUUAUUUCCCAUAUGGAAUAAUAAAGUUGAAUCAAACUA